AUGACAGAGGGAUUCAUGUUUGCUACUGUUGGUGGCCUCAUGCUGGCUGCGUCAGUAGAUGAUGAACAGGCAGAAGUGGAGCUCUCCGAGAUCAAGACACAAGCCAAGAUGAUUUUCCGCCGGUUGAGUCGCAAUUCCGCACCGCAGGCUAGCAUUGAGUCUGGCCAAUAUAACUUACACUAUCUUAUCCAAGAUGAUAUCUGCUUCCUCUGUAUAUGCGACCGUUCUUACCCGCGCAAGCUUGCCUUCACCUACCUCGCAGAUCUCGCAACCGAGUUUACUACCACUUACUCCUCUGCGCAGUACCAGUCUCCCACCCUGCGACCAUAUGCCUUUGUAGAAUUUGAUACAUUUAUCCAACGCACCAAGAAGCUGUACCAAGAUAGUCGCGCUUCGCAAAACCUUGACCGACUAAAUGACGAGCUUCGGGACGUGACGAAAGUGAUGACAAAAAACAUCGAGGACCUCCUAUAUCGAGGUGAUAGCCUGGAACGGAUGGGCGAAUUAUCGGGGCGUCUGCGAGAGGAUAGCAAGAAAUACAGACGAGCCGCAGUGCGCAUCAAUUGGGAGCUGGUGAUAAAACAGUAUGGUCCAAUUGCUGGUGUCGGGCUCCUCUUUCUAUUCCUCAUUUGGUUGCGCUUCUUCUAA